CACACCUCCUACACACAGGUAGACAGACAGAGCUAGAGAAAGAGAGACCAAGACUCAGGAGAGUAGCAGAGAGCAGAAAGAGAGAGAGAGAUGGGAAGAGCACCCUGCUGCGACAAGGCGACGGUGAAGAAGGGGCCAUGGUCGCCGGAGGAGGACGCGAUGCUCAAGAACUACAUCGAGGAGCAUGGCACCGGGGGCAACUGGAUUGCGCUGCCACACAAGAUAGGGCUGAAGAGGUGUGGCAAGAGCUGCAGGCUGAGGUGGCUCAACUACCUGAGGCCAAACAUCAAGCAUGGGGACUUCACCCCAGAGGAGGACAGCAUCAUCUGCAGCCUCUACAUUAGCAUAGGGAGCAGGUGGUCAAUCAUUGCCGCGCAGCUGCCGGGGAGGACUGACAACGAUGUCAAGAACUACUGGAACACCAAGCUGAAGAAGAGGCUCCUCGGCCGGCGCAAGGACCGCCAGAGCGCCGCCGCCACUGCCGCCACGAGCGAGACGUCCGCCGAGAACAUGAACGACGCCGGCGAGCGGGCUCUGAGCGCGUCGGCCAUGGAGAGGAUCCAGCUCUGCAUGCAGCUGCAGGAGCUGCAGAGCCCUCUCGGCGCCGCCCACCACAACCCCUUGGUGUGGCCUGGCACUGGCUGCAGCAGGGCCGCCACCCUGAGCAACAACAGCUUCAACAGCAACAGCAGCACGGUGACGGUGGCCGAGCAAGCAGGGCGGUCCAGCUCCAUGAACGAGCACCUGAUGAGCGCGCAGCAGCUGGACGGCGGCCUCGGCUCGCCGUCGAGCGCGGAGAACUCGAACGUGAUCAGCAUGGAGGCCGGGCUUGAAGAACUGCUCUACGGCGAGGGGAACGGAUCAGGGAAGGCCGCCGGCGCGGUCGACGGCGGCGUGCAGCAAGGGGGCGUGGACUGGUGGAGCUACGACGACCAGGGGAAGUCGCCUGUGGGCUGCUGGGACUUCGCCCCUGAAACAACGAACGCGGUGUUCCAGGACUACACAUCUGUUUACGACAUUUGAAAGCGUGGAGUCAAGAAGAAGAAGCUGUGAAUGUUAAGGUAGAGAGGUGAUAGGAGUUGUGUCUAGACUCUAGAGUUGGUUCAGGAUUUGUGACGUCUGCAUAAAACUGGAUCAAAGCAUCGUGUAAGGAAUUCGUAGUAAGAUGUAAGGUAUAAAAUAAAUGCAUGUAAAAACGCAAGGUUCUAGGAAAUGCUGCUGUGGCAUCUUUCUGUCAACGAACAGAUAAAGGAACCUGCAGUGAUAUGUUGAUAGAAGAAGUGAGGUUGGCAAAAUUGUUUAGGUUGCUUUUGUUGGA